GGUACUUUUCGACGCGUCUGCGGAGUGAGGUCGGCGGAAGAGGUUGUGAGUCUGUUUUUCAAGAGAAGCUUCGAAAAUCCUCUCUUCGUCCUCAACUUCGAAAGGAAGGCGUCCUUUGGUCCUUUCUUUUCGUCUUCGGUGUGGCGUUGACGGCCUGUGGUGGCGCCGAGUUUCCGGGCAGGUAUCCUCAGAGACGGAGGGAAGCUUGCAGCCUCGGGCCGAGAUGUCUCAGUACGUGAACGACCUGUGGCGCGGCUCGCCGCAGGACAAAGAGUCCCCCUCGACGUCUCGGUCGGGCCGGUCCAGCCGCCUGUCCUCGGCGUCCAGGAGCCGCUCGUCUUCCGGGAGGUCUCGGUCCCGCUCCAGCGGCUCGAGCCGGGCGUCGUCGCGGAGUCGGAGCCGGCCCCGGAGGAGAAGCAGGUCCAGGUCCUGGUCCAGGAGGCGCCACCAGAGGAAGUAUAGGCGCUACUCGCACUCCUACUCGCGCAGCCGGUCGCGCUCCCGCGGCCGCCGGUACCGGGAUAGGGGCUACAGCGCGUCCAGGAGAUACCGCCAGUCGCCGUCCCGGCCCCGCUCCCGCAGCCGGUCCCGCUUGCGGGGACGCUCGUAUUACCGACGGGCCUCCGCGCUGCCGCGGGGGCGGCGCUUCUAUGGCUUCGGCCGCACCGUGUACCCGGAGGAACGCAGGAGUUGGAGGGCUAGGUCCCGGACCAGGUCGCGGAGCCCCUCCCCUUUUCGCUUGAGUGAGAAGGAUCGAAUGGAGCUGUUAGAGAUAGCGAAAGCCAAUGCAGCAAAAGCUUUAGGAACAGCUAACUUUGACUUGCCGGCUAGUCUCAGAAAAGUUCUUGCAUCUAAAGAGACGAACCAUGGAACAGCUGUGCCAAACAGUGGUGCAAAGUUUGAGCUGUCGGAAAAACUAGGAGAAGAUGGAACUAAAAAUCCCAGUGAAAAGCCUUCCCAGCAAAAAAGCAUAGUUUUUAGCUCUAAUAAUUCUGUAGCAAAACCAAUGCUUCAGAAAUCAGCUAAAGCUACUGCUGAAGAGACCUCUUCAGGAUCCCCCAAAAUAGAUGCGAAAAAAAGUCCAUAUGGACUGUGGGUACCUGUCUAAAAAAAGAAAACUAAUUAUAAGGUUGGCUGAAAUGCACUUUAUUGCAAAUGUGUGUUCCUGGCAUUAUUCCAUCUCUGGGAGUCAUUUAGUGGUAAUUGUUGCAAUUACAAACAAUGACACAAAUAUGUAAAUCCUUAAUAUUUAAAUAUUAACAUUUUAGAUUUCUUUUAUAGAUAAGAGAUAACACAUGGACCAGAGGAUUCAUACAGGUGGGAGUCUUGUACAUAUAAUUGUAAAUGUUUUGUAUGAUAUCAGUUAGUUAUGUAAAAGCAAAAUUUAUAAGAACAGUAAUUGAUUUGUUUAUAUUUGUUAAUAAAUUUCUUGUUUUUAAAA